AAGUGGUCUGCUAAGAAGGUCAAGGACAAGGCCAACAACUUGGUUGUCCUCGACAAGCCCACUUACGAACGUUUGUUCAAGGAAGUUCCUACCUACAAGCUCAUCUCCCAAUCUGUCUUGGUUGAUCGUCUCAAGUUGAACGGUUCCUUGGCUCGUAUUGCUAUCCGUGAGCUCGAAUCUCAAGGUUUGAUCAAGCCUAUCUCUCGCCAUCAUUCUCAAGUUAUCUACAGUAAGUUGUCUAUUGCUAUCCUUGCUUAUUUAUACUAA